GAUGGCGGCCGAACUGGCCUGAUAUUCUAGGUGUUCUUGUGUAUGUUUUGGUUCGUUGCUCUAGGUAGCAAAACGCUUGAGCAUACUUGAUUUAUUUCUAAGUCAAGAUGGCGGCAGCUAUUCGUGUUUUUCGACUUGUAAGAAAUCGACGUUCUCCGCUACGUGAGCUUCUCUGUAUUGCACAAGGGAAUCGUUGUGCCUUCCCUUUCUCGAUAUCUCGUUGCUUGUCUUCACCUAGAGUAUCUCCAAAAGCUGUUGAARAGAAYCCUAACACGAUGAMCUCAGUACAGGUUGAUGAUCCCAAAACAAAGAUUGUUGAUUUGGGUGAAAAACCUAUUCAAUCUAAACGUCUCUUACCUGUUGCUCCUUCAAACUAUGUUGGAAUCUUCGAACGUGCCCUGGAGGAUGGAAAAUCCCGUGAAAAUUUUAUUAGUGUACUGAAGAACUUUAACAAAACUAAUCGUCCACGAAGGGGACACAUGGAACUCAUUCGCGUUUCAAUGGAUUUCAUGGAUAAGUUUGACUUGGAGGGAGAUCUUGAGGCAUACAACGCAAUGUUGGACGUUUUCCCAAGAGGGAGGUUUGAAAAUCGGACUCUUUUUGAUGCAAUAUGGCCAAAGAAGCAUCCUCAAGUGGAUCUUGCUUUGGAGAUUUUGACUAAAAUGGAAGAAAAUGUGGUAAAACCAAGCUUACAGACUUAUGAUUUGUGCGAGGAAAUUUUUGGUAGAGCUAGCCAGCCUUUGCAGAAGUGUAGAAGGCUUGCUUAUUGGCUGACAAAAUUGGAACAAAUGUUCCCAAACCCUCUGCCGAAGACUCUACCUGAAAAUGAAAUUGAGCUGAGUCAACUAGCCAUUGCAAGAAUGGCAAAGGACACGAUACCAAUUAUAACAUAUCAGGAGGACGUCAGCAAAAAGGGAAUCAAUUUUAUUGUUGGUUCACAAACCAUGGAGCAAAAGACAAUUCUUGAAAACUAUGAUAUAGAAAUCCCAGUUUACAUUGAAGGUCCAUACUUGAUGUGGAUUAGACGUUUUAARAGACAUUACUACGUUCUCAGAGCUCAUGGUGCAGUCGACGAYAGUGAACCUCAWACAGAUAAUGAAGGUGCCAUUCUUGCUGUUUGUAUGAUUGGCUCUCAAAAUAUUCAAGAAACCCUGAGACAGUGGAUUGGAAAACUUGAAGAACAAUCCCCAAAUCUUGCCAAAAUGAAAGUUAUUUUUAACCUGAAGAAUGAUGAACUUGAUAAAAAUGAAAAAUCACAGUGACAAUGGUAUUGUGAACAAUAAAAGUGACAUCAUGAAUUCAAUUAAAUUGCUUGUUCUUU